CGGACGAAAGAUUUUCUGGAGAGAGAAGAAAAGGGAGAAGAGAUGAGGGCGAAUCCCUGUCUGGGGUCGACCGGCAGGGAACAGGUUCGGCCAAGCACCCUCAUCCGUCUGCUAUCAGGCUGGACAGAGCGGGAGGGCGGAGGGGGUCCAUAGCUGGAUUGACAACAACACCAGCUGCGCAGAGAGCUAACCAUGGCGACAACGCAUGUGGCCACCUCGUCCCCCUUUGUCAAGGCGGCAACUUUACAGUCCCCAUGGUCUAGGAAGGACCUCGGCAAGUGUCCCCUGUCGGCGACGAAAUUGUGGACUGUGGGGCGACCUGUGAUCCAGCAAACGAGCGGUGUCCGCGUGGGAUCUUCGCUGGGAUCGGCAGCCAGGUGUGGUUUAGUCGUCCCGCCACGAGCAGAUGGCAGGUCAUCCAGCUCUACUGCCAAGGAAGGGGCAGUUGCAGCAGGUGAGUGGCAACGGGUGGGUGUGCCCCGAGCUCUGGAACGAGCCUCAGAUGCAGAGGAGGUGGCCGAGGAUAGGCGUUCGAGUCUCACCGUAGCCAGUGGGAGCCCAGAUUUGUUAGGACGCCGACUGACACUUGAAGGUAUGGUCGCGUCCGCAGCGGUUGUUGCCGCCGCAGCCUUGGGGUAUCCUGAUGAAGCCACGGCUGUUUCGUCCAGCAGGAGAGUGCUGCGAACGGCCAAAAUCCCCGAGUCAGAAUAUACCGAGUUGCCAAAUGGGCUUAAGUUCUAUGAUUUAAAGGUAGGUGGUGGUGCUACUGCAGUCAGGGGGUCGAGGGUGGCUAUACAUUACGUCGCUAAGUGGAAGGGCAUUACCUUCAUGACAAGCCGGCAAGGGAUGGGAGUGACGGGUGGUACACCAUACGGUUUCGACGUCGGGUCCUCGGACAAGGGAAUGGUGCUCAAGGGUCUAGAUCUGGGGGUGCAGGGGAUGCGAGAGAACGGUGUGCGACUCCUAAUCGUGCCGCCACAGCUCGCGUAUGGCAAUGAGGGGGUGCAGGAAAUCCCACCCAAUGCUACUCUUCAAUUCGAGAUAGAACUUCUCUCCAUCAAGAAGAGCCCUUUUGGCUCUCGAGUCAAACUUAUUGAGGGUUAGGUAUACGUAUUCCGGUUCCAGCCUCAACUCAAAGGUCGCAGCAGCAAAGUCAAAGUUGCGUCGAACUGAUGCACAAGGAGACAGGUAUGGCCAGGCAUGCACACCUCAUGGAACUUCAAAGGCAAAUUUAAGCGGGAGGGGUGAUUACUCCGUAAAGCACCUGUUUCUUAUGUGACUUAUGUCUAUAGGCCUCAUUGAAGGGUUGAAUUGGCAGGUAGAAAGCCCUUUCGUUGAGGAGUUGAGUAGCUGGUAGAAAGCCCUUUCAUCGAGGAGUGGAAUGGCAGGUAAGAGAGCCCUUUCGUUCAGAGUCUCCAGGGGGUAGCUGAACACAUGGUCGCUCCCAUUCACUGGUCAAAGCUUGAAGUCAAGUCAAACUUAUGUCGAACCAACCCUGGAGGAGAUAGAUAAGGGCCAGUGGAGAGGGUUGGUACUCCAUAAAUCCCUUGUUGGUGACGUCGAGAACUGACUGAAGAGUUGAUUGCCAUGUAGAAAGCACUUUCUUUCAGUCUCCAUGUAAACUGACCCAGAAAGGGAGCAACCGUAGCAAGUACACUGCUAAGGGCUAGCUUAGGUCUUAGAAUGAUACCUUGUCUUCCUACCUGCAAACUCUCUGAUUUCCCUACAUGGUUGCUUUGCAUUAACAAAGCCCCCUAUCCUUAUGCAUUAUAUCCAAUAUGGAAACCAAUUCCAUCGACAAGAAUCAUCACUGCUUUGACUGUCGGAUGGUUAACAACAGAUCUGUCAUGCCCGCCGUUCCAUUCGACACUUAUCUUUGGGUUUCUACUACUGUUAAUGUACUACCAAGGGAGACUGUGUUUGGGUUUCCACUACUGCUAAGGUACUAUCAACUCCCUAUCGUCUCGACCUGAUUCAUGUUGUGGUCGCCACUGUGUUGACUUCUGUGUGCCGAAACGUUGGAAUGCCAUAAGUGUACAUGUAUGCGUAUACCAUACGUGUGCAUGGUGCUGCUGCAAUCAUGCACUGCACACCCAUUCCUCCCCAAAACAGCAAGAUACUUUGAUCCAUCAUUAUUAUCUGGACUCCAACUAACACUCAGGGACGCAUUCUUAAUGCAUACAGGCUCUUAAUAAGUCUAGACUGCAGGCUUCUAUCUUCCUGAGCAUCUGUCCUCAUCAAGUAAUCCUCAUUCUGUGACUUCAGGUCAAGAGCACAAUUCAGCACCUUUAGCUGAGCCAGAUUCCUGCUCCUUGUCUACCAGCCCAUCCCCAACCCUCCCUGAGGCCCACUGGUGCACCGUUCAUCUACUAUAAUCAUGAAACUGCUGUCCUACCCUCCUAGCUCUCUCCCUCUCUCUCUCUCUCUCUCUCUCUCUCUCUCUCUCUCUCUCUCUCUCUCUCUCUCUGUGUGUGUGUGUGUGAGUGUGUGUGUGUGUGUGUGUGUGUGUGUGUGUGUGUGUGUGUGUGUGUGUGUGUGAGCACAACUUCAGAUUCAGAUGCAUAGCAAAUGUCAAGAAGGACACACUGGCCGUUUCAGAGGGUUUAGUUGGUAGGACAGGACAGUCUCUGAUGUUGGCAGAGUGAACUGGUGUUGACUGCUUACAUUUCCGCGAGCAUUGCUGUAGAACUGGUACCUGUAGUAUAGUGCGUUCAGGAGAGGCAUCUCUGCUUGAUUGCAAGCAAUUUACCAUAUGUCAAGGAACGGAGCCUGUUGGAGAACUCGUGGAUAGAUUGGAUCCUAAUUCUGUCACCCAUCCAUUGAAGAACAGCAGCUUUGCCGGCCAGUGCAUGGACCUGAACGCAGCCUACCUUUUUACAGGGAAGAAGGAAAGGGGCUUUCCAUAGGACUGGUGAUUUAGGUACCAGCGUUUAUGUGUAAGGGAAUGACCAGCAGAUUAACAGGUGGACCGACAGACAAAUAGAGGAUCGAACGGACAAACAAAUAGAGAGACAGGCAUGCAGGUUGGCAGAUAGACACAAACAGAAAGAGAGGCACAGUGAUGGCGUGUAGAGGGGCAAAUUGACGGACAGAUGGACAGGCUGAUCGGUGACUGAAAACGACAUAAAAGAGACAGACAGAUAGACAGAGAAAGACAGAAAGACUAACAGAGAAAGGCGAAGCGCGGGAACUCUGUGCUUCUCUACUCAUUUCUUCUCUAUUCUACUUCUCACUAAGAGUGAGUGCUUGGUUGAUAGUGAGGUGACUAGAGAGUGAGGCCACUUCAUUUGUGCUUUUUCCUUCUCGCAGUCGAUUCGAUUUUACUGCUCUGGAUCACUUGCCAUGUUACAUACUGCGACUUCAGUUCAGACUACUUGAGCAUAAUUCAUGUUCCAUCAUUGAAAAACCACACUUGCUGUUCCCUUGACCCCCUCCCCCUUCCUUUCUUUCUUUAGUUGUUUGUGAGUCUCUUCUGCUCUCCUGCUCUCCUUCUCUCCUUCUCUCCUUCUCUCCUUCUCUCCUUCUCUCCUUCUCUCCUUCUCUCCUGCUCUUAGUUCAUCUCUUGACUGACUGUAUAUGUAACUGCCAUUCUUCUGUUUCUUCAUCUUGCCUUGCUUUCAUCAUCCUUCAUGCAAUUGUUUUGUAGUACUUUGUAAGUUUGUACAAAUAAAACCGAGAACCAUUU